AAAGACUGAGUCCUAUUUGUCCCGUCAUACACACCGUAUCGGUCUGAUAUGAACAGGAAAGCUAUUCAAAUUGUUCAACCACCAAACAAAUGCAAAAACUAAUGAGCAAGACGCUCACAUUGACAUUAGCACAGUUGCGCCAUGCCGUCCUAUAAAAUGUGGUCAUCCAUCAUCAGCCAGGCAGACAAGCAGCAACACCAUCACUGAUCGAGCUGGUACUACACAUACACAGGAACCCAUCGCCGGCCGUCGAUCGAUCGUGUCCAAGGAAACCAACCAAGCGAACGAAGCCUCGAGAUCGAGCUACUUUUAUCAGCCAUCAUGGUGAAGACGGCGUUGGUGGCGAGCAGCAAUGACCACGCCGCGGCGUCGGCGGCGUCAGCGAAGCACGGCGGCGGUGGCAAGCAGAGGACGUACAAGGGCGUGCGGAUGCGGAGCUGGGGCUCGUGGGUGUCGGAGGUCCGGGCGCCGGGCCAGAAGACGCGGAUAUGGCUGGGAUCCCACUCCACCGCCGACGCCGCGGCGCGCGCCUACGACGCCGCGCUGCUCUGCCUCAAGGGCUCCGCGGCCACGGCCGACCUCAACUUCCCGCUCCGCCUCCCGUUCGACCUGCCACCCGCCGCCAUGUCGCCCAAGGCCAUCCAGCGCGUCGCCGCCGCCGCCGCCGCCGCCUCCUCCUCCUGCGCCACGCCAUUCGCGCCCUGCGCGGAGAAUAACAGUGGCAGCAGCGCCUGUACCGACGGCGACGCCACACCGGCGUGGAGCAGCAGCUCGCCCGCCAGCGACGCCGACGUCUCCUCCCCGGAGUCGACCGUCAGCAGCGAGAGUGACCUCUCCGGCGACGCGGUGGACUACAGCUCGCUCGCGGACAUCGACGCCUUCUUCCAGUCGCCCAAGUGCAUGGACUACGCCCUCAUGGACCCCUGCAGCGCAUUCUUUGCGCCGCCGGCGUCGAUGGCGAUGCACGACGACGACGGCUGCUGCUGGGUGGAGGACGGCGGCAUUGCGCUCUGGAGCUUCUCCAAUCUGGACUGCUGAUCGAAUUGGCGUCAGAGGAGCGCAAGCAAUUCAGUUACUGACUAAUCGCCGAUCAAGUGACCAAAACCUGGUUGCUGCCAUCGACGGCACAAAAUUCCAUAUACAUGAUAAUUUAAUUUAAUUCUAAUAAGCUAAUUUUUAAGCAUUGUAGGGGGAGCUCUCAUGGAUGGAGCUACAUGUUUUAAGGUAGCUUCCAUGUAUGAAGUUAACCUCUUUACUAUUGCCUGUUUAUGAGUAAAAAAACAACUUUGGCUUUGUUUAGAUUUGAAAAUUUUUUGGAUUUCGCUACUA